AUGGCUACCGUAAACAUAAGUCAACUGUCAGAACAGCUUUUAAAAUGCCCUGUGUGCCUGGAAACCUUUGAAACGCCGAAAAUUCUGCCAUGUUUGCAUUCGUUUUGCCAAAAAUGUCUCCAAAGGAUUCUUAAAGAAGGCGAGAACGCUAUUUUGUGUCCGACAUGCCGGAACGAAAUUCAGCUACCUCAAGGGGGUGUACAAGAACUUCCAACGAACUUUUUCAUCAAUAACAUGUUGGAUUUCAUAACAGUUCAAUCGUUUUCAUCGAAACCAAUCGAUUGUACGAAUUGUCAGGAUCAUUCACACGCCGUAGCACGGUGUGGAGAUUGCGUGGAAUUUUUGUGUGAGCAAUGCCUCGCCGCGCACAAACGGACCAAGCUUACCAAGGAACACGAAGUCAUGGCCCUGAAAGAUUUGCAAUCUUCCGAUGUGCAAGACAAAAUGCACAGACCACUGUAUUGUAGUCAGCAUGACAGGGAGAUCUUGAAAUAUUAUUGCGAAACGUGCGAUGAUCCCGUGUGCAGAGAGUGUUUGAUAAUGGAGCAUCGGGAACACGCGUAUGGAUACCUCAAGGAUGUUAAUAAUAAACAACGACAAGAGGUAUGUGAUAUAUAAUAUAUUACUUCCCUUUUAAGCCCCCUGGGGCCCGACGUUAACUUAAAAUUCAAAUCAAACUUUCCUAACAGGUUUGUUUAUAAAUUUAGGAAUAUUUCUUCAGAAACGUUGUCUGGAUCAGUAUAGGAGCUUUCUCUGCUAACGUUUUGAAAUAAACAGACAUGCAGAAAUACAUAAACUAAAACAGCAGGUUAAAUUUUAACCCAGGGUUAGCGCUCAUCCUAUAACCUAUAACUUUUUUUUUUUGCCUUGAACAACCGACUCCUGAGGGUUUAAUUUUUUCUAGUGGUUCUGGACUGGGGCGUUAAUAAUAAUGAUGCUUGUGAUGUUACUCUGAGUGUAUAUCCACACCGGGCAAGCUUGAAAAAUAUGCCUGACCACGGUGGAAAUCGAACCUACGACCUUUGGAAUACUAGCCCAAUGCUCUGCCAACUGAGCUACGCGGUCUGGUCGGUUCGAGUAUGUGAUAUUUCGGAACAGAAUCUAGUUCCUUCGAUAUCAAUGUUAUCUAAUAAUAAUCAAGCUUGCCCGGUGUGGAUAUACACUCAGAGUAACAUGACAAGCAUCAUAUUCAUGCACCUGAGUACAUUACACCAACACAGAAAAAUCAUGAAUAAUAAUAAUAAUGAUAAUAAUAAUUUAUAGCUGAUGUGGUUGUGAAAAAAGCGGGGGGGGGGGGCAAUAGAGGCUGAGGCUAAAUAGAUUUUCACGUUCUUUUAAGAAACAGUUACUAUACCAUAUUACUUUAUUUUGCUCACAUGAUAAUACUGAAUACCUGAUGAAAUAUAUUGAUCCUGUCCUAGGACUGGAUAAAAAUUAAUUCAGUUCUUGGACUGGAUCAAAAUUAAUUAAGUAGUUAGUGAUUUCAUUUCAGUUCAUUAGUGAUGUCAUUCCAAAUCGUCCAAUUCGGACUGGACUAGAUUUUAAGUCCUCGCAUUUUGAUGCAGUCCUCGGCUUCGCCUCAGACUUGAUCAAAUUGAGCGGACUUGAAAUCUAGUCCAGUCCUCAUAGUCGAAUUUGAAAUAUUACUUCAAAAUAUCUCCGCAAUUACAUGAAUGGUAUAAUAUUCUUCGGGGGCCAGUUGUUCAAAGCUGAAUUAGCUUGACCCUAGGUUAACUUCAAAUUCAAAGCAAACUCCUUGACAGCUUGUCUAUAAAUUUGGAAAUGUUUCUUCAGAAAUCUUGUCUGGAUCGAUAGCAGUUUAUUUCUCUGAAGUUUUGAAAUGAACAGAUGUGUAGAAAUACACAAACUAAAACAGCAGAGCAGGUUAAAUUUUAACCCAGGGUUAGCGCUAACCCACCUUUGAACAACCGCCCCCGGAGUUAUUAGAUGCUUGACAGUGUAAAGUUAUAUUGCUGUGACAUUUUAUAUACUCUCAGGUCAAGUCACUGGUCGACAGUACAAAAGCUCAAACAGUUCCACUAGAGAAAGCUAUUGAAGACAUCACGACGCUCAUGGAACGUCUGGGAGUAAGAAGCAAAGGCCUUCAACAGGUAAAACACCCAAUGUGUGAUUCAAACCUUUACAUUUCUUUUAUUUUCUUUAUUAUUACUUGAGAUGAAAUCUGAGUUAAGAUAACUUCUAAUAGUUGGUAUAAGUGAAACAAACAAAUGAUAAUUAAUGUUAUUUAGCUCAGGGCGAACUAUUCUGCACCUCAUAUAUACCAGGUGAUCUCGGAACUUGGAAAAGGCCUGGCACUAGUUGUAAAAUAGAAAUCCAUUUCUGGUUUAAAAUUACUCAAUAUCUCAUCAACGGUAUUAGAUUUCUAUUUCAAAUUUGUCACAGACAUUCAUUUCCCUGUGCAAGACACAGACACAAAGUUUCAAACAGUUUCACAAAAGAAUCAGGGCGUGACAAGUGAUUAAAGGUACGAAACUGGAUUUCUAUUCUGUUGCUAGUCACAGUCUUUUUUCUCACCGUCAGAUCACCUGGUAACUUGUCGCUGAAUGUAUCCCAUUUUGGGAGUGGCGAUUAAAUAUCAAGAGAUACAUUACCAUGCGGCCUAUCUAGGAUAUUGAAUAGAAUUACCUUUAGACAACUCGGUCUCGUUGUCUAUGAGCGAAUAGUCGACUAAAGGCUGAUUCCCACUAUUGUGUUUUUCGUAUGCACGUAAAACUUUGAAUCCUUCUAUUUUUUAAAUAUUUACAAAUAAGUUAACAAAUGCAUACUAAAACUUUCGAAACACUAAAUUCUGUUGCUUUAUUUAUUUGGUUAAUUCAUAAGUAACAUUUAAACGGAUUUAAAGUUUUACGUGCGUAUACGAGCGCAUGAAAAACGCAACAACGUACAAACGUGCUCAGCAAUUCGUCUGGUUUCGUGUCAUAUUUUGUGGCAAGUAACAACAGAUUUAUUAUUAAUAUACGGUUUUAAUUUUACUCCCUACCUUAAACGUCUUCAGAUCAUAUUUUGCGGUCGUUUUCUUCAGGCAAGAAAUUUCUACAAAAUUCCCCGAAACCUUUGCAAAACAAAAGUUUUCCGCCAUCUUUUUUUCAACCGUAGUCUGUUACGUAAUUGGUCCCUGGUAGAGUAGCCAAUGAAAAUGCUGGAUUCGUAAUAGACCCUGGUUGAGUGUAUACUAAAAACAGUUGGUAACACAACUGCAAUAUCAUAUACUGUAUAAUAUGAUAAAGAUUAUCGACAUGUGUUUUAUUUAAAAUGUUUAAAUUUUAUUGUAAAUGCUACAGUGUAUUCAUUCUUAGACGCAAUUUACAAGCAAAUUCUGAGACUAUUCUUACACAGUUCACAAGCAAAUUCUUAUACUAUUCUUACACAGUUUACAAGCAAAUUCUUAGACUAUUCUUAUUUUAGUUUCUGGAUUGCACGACCGUUUGUUUUAAUUAAAUUUCUAUUUAGGAAAUCACGAGUAAUUUUUCCAAAUGCACUGAAGUCCUCAAAGAGAAGGAGGAGGAAUUACUGGUGUUUGUCAGCAACGAAUGUCGAAUUAAAUGCAAAAAUCUUGGCCUUCAGAAAGAAAGUUUGGAAACACUCCUGGCCAGCGUCACCAGCAGCUGUCAGUUCUCCGAGAACGUUCUUGAGCAUGGGAACGAGGCUGAAGUAAUGCUGGUCAAGAAACAGCUGACACAGAGGUUGAAUGACUUGCAGAAUACACACAUGGCUUUUGAGCCACAAGAAGAUGAUGUCAUUGAGUAUGAGUUCUUCGCUGAUGAAUUUCGUAAAGCAAUUAAGGUAAAUAGAAAACAUGUGUGAAGUUUUACAUUUAUUAGACCUAACCAAUAGCAUUCCAAAGUAUUCCAAGGGUCGUAGGUUCGAUUCCCACCGUGGCUUAGACUUGCUCCAAGUCUCUCUUUCUUUGUCAUAUAGUAUCGAUCCACUAUAGUGUACAUUACAUGACGUAGCACGGAGGGGCGGGGCGAGAAAGAGAGACUUGUCAACUUCGGAAAAUCUCGGUUCAAAACUGAACCGAAAAUGCAAGACUUGCUUUAAUUGUUUUCCUUCAAUUUCUUUCUGUAUUAUUUACUAUAAUGGAACUCAUGUUAUUUACACUGUGCUAGAUCAAUACAUAUAAACACUGACAGAAAAAAAUUAAAGCAAGUCUUGUAUUUUCGGUUCAGUUUUGAACCGAGAUUUUCCGAAGUUGACAAGUCUCUCUUUCUCGCUCCGCCCCUCCGUGAUACGUCAUGUAAUGGACACUAUAGUGGAUCGAUACUAUUUGACAAUGAAAGAGAGACUUGGAGCAAGUCUAACCGUGGCCAGGCAAAUUUUUCAAGCAUAUUUUGGGGGGCUUCGGUGGCCAAGUGGUUAGCGCACUUGCCUUUCACCUCUGAGGCCGCAAGUUUAAGCCUCAGUGAGAACUUUCUCAAUGCGAAUUGAGCCCAGUCCUCACGUGAAAAUAGUAAAGGCCAACGCCCCGCCGAAAGUCGUGGGUUUUCGCCAGGUACUCCAGUUUCCUCCCACAGAGAAAGUUGACAGGGUGGGUUAGGCACAUAGGUCAGGGGGGCAGAUCAUUAAUGAGGUAUGGACUAAUAGCGGCUGCUUAAAGCACCACUUGUAAGCUCACAGUCUACCUCGGUCUGCUCUAAUGUAACCAGUCACUGAAAACCCCUGAUAAGGGAGUGUGCUGAGUAAUAUAUGUGUGGAUGUGGAUAUACACUCAGAGUAACAUCACAAACAUCAUAUUCACCUGAGUACAUAACACCAACACAGAAAAAAAAACACCAAGGGCAGUUGCGAAAAAUGCAACUAUAGACACUCUUGGUAACCUCUUGCCAGUACUUUGUUCCUAGCCUCUGCCAGAAAUCGAUUUAUAGUUGCAUUUUUUGCAACUGCUCCUGGGCACUUUCACCUCUUAGGUCCGGAGUUCGAUUCUCAGUGAGGAACUUUCUCAAUGUGACUCGAACCCAGUCCUCAUGUGAAAAGAGUAAUAAUUCGAUUCCAGCCAGAAAGCCUAUAUAGUUGAAUUUCUUGCAACCGCUCUUGGUUAGGUCAAAUUUUCGUUGCGCAAUACCGCUGCAUUGCAAGUUGCAGCACAAAUUUCCUCGUGUAAGAUGGCCCUAUCUUACAGUCUUUGAAAAUGGUUUCCUUAUAAGUAACCGAAACGUCGCACUAAGUAUAGGUAAUCAUGCGAUGGCGAGUACAAUUAGGGAUUAAUAGUACGAGUGAUGUUUGCCAAAAUUGGACAAGCCGCCAGGGCGUGACAAAAUUGGAUACUUCUCAAUGCCAACAUCAUAUUCUCUCGCCAAACCCCAGUCCUGCCAAACUUUCAACUAAAAUUUGGUGCUUUUGUUUGUAUUUUCAUUUAAUUCUUUUGUUAAAGCAAAAUUUUUAAGGGACCCUGUGAAUGGGGCAAUAAGCCCUGUAGGGAUCACCAGUCAUUUAUGACAAAGCUCGUAAAUAAAAUAAAUAAAUUUGGUGCUUUUGUUCGUCUGUUCAUCUAGUUCCUCCAGGGAACCUCCAGGGCAAUUUCAUUUCACAUUUGUGUUUAAAAUACCUUUCCGCCAUUUUGUUUGUUUUGGGAAAAUCAUUAAUUGUACUGCAGUGCAAUUAAUGAAAUAAUUGUACUCCUCUCAACCAAUCAGCAUCCAGAAAUAUUGUGAUGCUAAUAAUAAAUAAACUUAAUCUCUCCACUGUUAGUUUGCAGGGCAUGUGAAGGCCUUUCCUACAGUUCCCAGCCUAUGUUAUGCAACAGGGAUUGGCCUUCAUAAAGCUAAAGCCGAAGUGGAAGCGAUGUUUCAAGUGAUUACCGUUGAUCGCAAUAAGGAACUGUAUGGAGAAGGCGGUGAUAGGAUAGCUGUGAGUGUUGUCCCUGAAGAUGGCGAAGCCUUUGAAGGUUAGUUUAAAAUUAAGUAGUUGCGACUUAAUUGAGGGCGUGUUCACAUGAGCUCAGCUAAUGGGGAAAUGGAUGAGACCUGCAUGUCCUUUGUUAACUCAUAUAAAUUUCAAUUUGAUAACUCUGUCAUGUAGCUUUAAACUGUUCUUCCCAUAGAUAUGUUAUAUACACUAGAUAGCGCAUCUCUUUUAGUAAAAUUGAAGCCAAGAAUAUUCCAGCGGUUAUCCCCAUUUGAAUAGAUGGCGGCCAUGUUGGAGUUUCCCACUCGCUAAUAAACGCUUAAAAAACAACAAUAACUUUGAUCAUUUGAAUACUUUAAUAUGUAUUUGGAAUAUGUUUAACUUAAUGUUUAAGUUCCCUGUUUAAGAAAUACAUACGAGUCUUCUCAUUUCAUGGGAAUAUCCUGAGUCUGCAAUCAUGGCUUCAAUUUUUUAAUUGCAGAAUAAUUAGAUACACUAUCUAGUGUAUAUAAGAUAUCUAUGGUUCUCCCUAGAUGUCGAGUAAGGCCAUGCUUUGUUGAUCUCAAACUCAUUAAUAAUUCAUGAGUAAAUUAGCCAACUAUAUAUAUUGCUUUAUUUUGUUCACAUGAUAAUACUAGAUACCUAGGGAAGUAUAUUGAUCCAAUCCUAGGACUGGAUGAAAUAAUCCAGUCCUUGGACUGGAUCAAAAUAAAUUCACCUCACUUUAAGUAGUGAUUUUUUCGUAUGAGAUUUCAUUUCAAAUCCUUCAAUUCGGACUGGACUAGAUUGCAAGUCCUCGCAUUUUGAUCGAGUCCUCGGCAGACUUGAAAUCUAGUCCAGUCCUCAUAGUCGAAUUUGAAAUAUUACUUCCAUUUUUAUAGCUAUGUUCCAGUUUUACUCUGUUGUUUUAUUUGUGUCCAGGUACUGUUAUUGACAACAACGAUGGUACGUAUUGUGUGUCGUAUAUCCCGAAGCUGCGAGGUAACCACGCUAUCCACGUGACCUUACGAGCCAAGCAUAUCAAAGCAAGCCCUUUCAGCAUUAUGGUCAGCGGCCGGAUUGACUACCAUCGACUCCAUCAUACCACACGAGCAUUUGGUACCCAAGGGGAGGGUGGCGGGGAAUUCAACAUGCCUUGGGGCGUUGCUAUUGACAACGAACGUGAAUACGUCAUCGUUACAGACACGGGCAACCAUCGAGUCCAGGUAAUGAUAAUAGUGGUUUUGUCAUGUCUAAUUUUAAGACGAGAGAGGACUCUGACGACCAAUUUCUAUCUAGACAAUAUGUGUCCUUUUCAAACAGUAACGAGAAAUUGUUAGAACCUCUUCUAAACAGACACUCCAAAGUAGAGCUGAAAAAUUUCGGUUGCCAUUCAGAGUUUUCCAUUGAAGAUCGUUUAAAGGCUGCUUCAGAUUGGCCUUGUUCAUUUCUAUAUCCUAAUAUGACCCUGGCAGCUCGAUUUUAAUAAAACACAAAACAAUAGACACUGCGAAAAUUGUAAACAUUUUCAUUCUUUUCGUUUGGACUAUUAAUUUAAGUCAUCUUCAGAAGAAUGAAAAUGAAGAUUCUUCUGAAGAUGACUUAAAUUAAUAGUCGAAACGUAAAAAAUGAAAAUGUUUAAAAUUUUCGCAGUUUCCAUUGUUUUGUAUUUUAUUAAAAUAGAGCUGCCAGAGCCAUAUUAUGAUACAGAAAUGAACAAGGCCAAUCUGAAGCAGCCUUAAAUAAUCUUCAAUGGAAAACUCUGAAACAACGUAGACUGGCUAUGAAAGCCAGACUCGUGUAUAAAAUUGUUCAUGCGCAAGCUCCAGCUAUUCUGACCGAAGCAUUUGAAAACCCAUUUAUCCCUCAACACAACUAUAACUGACGAAACUCAAACCUUUAGUUCUAUCUCCCGAAACCUAGAACUGAUUAUUUGAAAAAAAAAGCAUAAGUUAUAGUGGAGCAAUUAAACUCCACUGGAAUAGCUUACCGCAAGCGAGCUAAGAAAUUCUACAUCACUAAAUAUAUUUAACGCUUUAAUUUCCGAUGCUAUAAUCUGACCUAAUUGUCUAAUUAAGUAGUGCAUUUGCUUUUAUAAUAUAAUGUAUAUAUAGUUCUUUUUUGUGUGUGUUUUACGCCCCCUUUGAAAUCAGCCCAUACUCCGAAGGGGCAAAUAUAGUUUUAAUAAAAUAAUAAAUUUGGCCGCCAUUGGCUUCAUUUAUGCAUAGUUUAACCCUAGUUUACAGAUGAGUGUUCAUUACUCACAGGUUUUCGAUAUCCGCGGAGGUUUCUUGUUUAAGUUUGGAAAUGUGGGUGUGAAGAAUGGAGAACUCAAAAGUCCCAAGGGUGUGGCUUACUCGUCCAAAGGUUAUAUCAUUGUCGCUGAUUCGGAGAACCAUCGCGUACAGAUGUUCAAUGAAGACGGACGAUUUUUGAGAGCAUUCGGUUCUCAGGGAGGUCAAGAAGGUAAAUAGUAAUAAAGUUAUAGCUUGUUUCAUUUGAAAGAUCUUCUAAAAUUGUAUGUAAGACUUCUGUACCGAUUCUUCAUAUCUCGUUUAUGUUUGAGAAUUAAUAUUUUGACGUAAAGCAGUGAGCUGUGCGCCAUCUUGAAUUAAUUUUUGAUCUUAUUAACGGAGAGAUUUCUAGAGAGAUUCCAAAAAUUUUGUGUUCUAGAGAGAUUAAAAAAAUGUAGAUGUUCUAGAGAGAUUAAAAAAACCAAGGCUACAGAGUAAGCAUGUUUCACCUCUGAGAUCGUGGGUUUGAUUCUGGCUACGAACUCACGAAAAGAGUCAUUCAACGCUCCAUCGAAAGUCAUGGGUUUUCUCCAGGUUUCCUCCCAAUGUUGACAGGGUGGGUUGGGAUUAUCCCCUAAGUUGGGAUUAGCCCCUAACAGACCCUUCCACUAUGGCUGUUCUCCGAUCAGCCAUGAGUUAUAUAAGGUGGUUGCCAGAGGCGCCCUUAGAAAGCCUUCGACUCGACCAGGUUGAGCUGCGUCCUUCACAAUUCAGCUUAGUUUUCAUCAGCUGCAAGUAAGGAUGAUUAGCACAUUCCCACCCCGACGUGAUGUUUUAAGAAUAUUCGUUUUGUGUACGAGAAGCUAAUCCACUUUCAAACAGCUGGUGCAUGCACAUAUUAGGUUGAAGGUAUCCAAACAGUCUUAGAUAAAACAAAGAUUUAUUUCUAUGUGUAUCUUUCCAGGCCAACUGUCUCACCCUUGUGGUGUUGCAUUGUCCAAAGACAAAGAAAUUAUCGCAGUAACAGAGCAAGACAAUCACAGAGUCCAGCUGUUCACCCUUCACGGCGAGCCUUUGAAGAUGUUCGGUUCUCAAGGAAGCGAAGAAGGCCAAUUUUUGUAUCCGCAUCACCUUACGUUUAGCGUGAAGGAUUUGUGUUUGGUCUCUGAUUGUGUCAAUGACAGAAUUCAAGUGUUUGAUAAAGAUAGAGAAUGUCAAUCUUGCUUCGGAGAGGAAGGUAAAGUAUAGCUAAGGUUGUUGUCGUUGUGAUUAUUGCUGUUGUUGUUUUGUUGUUAAUGUUUUGUCGUUGGUCUUGUCAAUGUUGUUGUAAUUGGCGUUGUUGUUGUUGUUGUUGUUGUUGUUGUUGUUGUUGUUGUUGUUGUUGUUGUUGUUGUUGUUGUUGUUUAUAAAGUAAUUUUAAAAUAAACUUUGUCUAAACCGAGAAAAUCAAAGCUAAAGUUUAUGUAAAUUAACAUGAUUUUUUAUCACAUAUAAAACCACGACACGCUUAUGAUUUUUAUUUGUGUUUUCCUCCUGAAUUAUUGAGUUUUUUAAUGAUAUUUGGUGCAGGUACAAAAAUCCAACUGAAUUUGAAGCUUAUGUAAAUCAGUGCGGUAAUGAUUUCCCUCGAAUUUUCUUUACAAAUAAUGAGAAUUUCAUUGUUUUCGCCCUAGGAACGAAAGUGUCGCAAUUUGAUGGUCCUGAAGGCAUUGCCAUGGAUGACGAAAGCAACAUCCUGGUCUGUGACAAUCACAACCAUCGAGUGCAAGUCUUUAACAACCAGGGAGAGUUCCUGGUGCAACUAGGGUCUUAUGGAGAUAACAUAGGAUACUUCAAAAACCCUUGUGGGAUAGCAGUCAGUGAUGCUGGAGAUAUCUUUGUUGUGGAUACAGGCAACAAUCGUCUUCAAAUAUUUUGAACAAAAGCUGAUCAGAAGUUCAAGCAUAGCCAAUCAAGAUGUGGUCAGAAAACGUUUGACCAAAAUAUUUUAUCUAUCUUUUGUACAUGUUAGGGCAAACAAUUCCACGGUGAAGACAAUUAAUUUGAAGAAGCUAUCAUCCAAUGCCAGUAAUCAAGCAUGAUGAAGCUAUCAUCCUUAUGAUGAAGCUAUCAUCCAAUUGGAUUAUGAUGAAGCUAUCAUCCAUGCUUUCAUACAAUUUGCAUAAUCAAGCAUGAUGAGGCUAUCAUCCUUAUGAUGAAGCUAUCAUCCUUAUGAUGAAGCUAUCAUCCAAUUGGAUUAUGAUGAAGCUAUCAGGCAAGCUAUCAUCCAAUUGGCAUAAUCUCGUUGAAUCACUUUUGAAAUAUUUGUGUGCAAAAUUUCAAAACAUUUCUGCACGAUACAGUCGUCUCAAUAUAAAGCCGUAGCUAGCCUGAGUGUCAGGCCUUGUUUUCCCUUCCUUAAAUGCGGGUGGAUUGAAGAGAAAACGGGGCCUGACACAAAUCCCUGUCUGAUCCCAUGUAAAAUAGCCAAAAUCCGGCUUUCACCUGAUUGGUGUAUCAGAGAAAGAAAUUUUAAUCUUUCUUUUCGAUUGAUUAGUGCUAUUAGAUUAUACUAUUGUUCAUGAUAUAUUUAGUAGUUUUAGCUAUCAUUAGGAUUUUGUUAUUUUUUGUGAAAUGUCCUUUAUGUUGUCCUAUGUCCAUCGAAUGCACCUACCUAUGAACACUCUGUUAAAACAUGUUUUGAAUUUAGUUACAAUUUAAGACCUGAAAGAACGUUCAAUAUUUCUAUAACCCAUACAAAUAGAGUGGAAAACUCUUUCAUAUAUGCAAUGUGUAAAAAGGUUAACAUGCAGUAGUUAACAUCCUUUCCUUGAAUUUUUAGAAUAGUUAAGAUUUAAAAUAUUUUUACUAAUCUUUAUAUAAGUAGUG